AUGAAGCCCUACGCUCGCGUUCCCGCCGCGCCAAAACAUCUAAUCACCAGGCAACACGCGGCAGACGGCAGUGCCUUUGCCGGACGCUAUGUUCUCGACAUCCUCAAGCGCGCCAUCUUGCUGUUACGGAUCCCUCUGUCGCUCCUGCUCUUCCUAUGGAUGCUAGUUUUCCUUUUCAGCGUCAUGACGCACACGUUGCAGAGGGCGGUCCGCCCGCUUUGCUUCAUUCCUGGCCUUCGUAGCGCUUCUCUGUGCGCCCCACCGACAAGCACGGUGCCCUUUGUCGGACCUGGCCCCGCGAAGUGGGCCGACUUCCCUUCGCUGGUGGACUUGCAGAGCACGACGCUCGCGCAGUUGCUGGAUGAGUCAACCUCCGGUGCAGCACUGGCUACGCAAAUCAAGAAGGCGGAAAUGGCAACGUCGGAUCUAGUGACGUUGGUGGGGGUCAGCGAUCUGCGGAGCCGGGAUAUGCUGGAGAAUACACUCCGAGGAUUCGUGAACGAUGCGCGCGCCACUGGGCGGGCACUGAACAAGUUAAGCGCGAAGGUUGCUGGGGCUGUCGACGGGUCAGUCUCCAUCUUCCUUGAGCGGCGGUGGACUACACUUACAUCUUACAGCAUCAUGGCGGUCAAUGAUUACGCGCUUCAUACGAUUGAAGCGUCGCAGCAGCAACGGCCGUCCCUCUGGAACUUCUGGAACCGGUUGUCUCCCUGGAAAGACCACACCACAGGGAUAGUCCUGGACACUUUCGAAACCUCUCUCGACUAUCUCUCUUCCACGCUCCAGCGUCUAGUGGUUGAAGUGGAGUUGAACAUGUGGAACUUGAACAAUCUCGAAGAGCAACUCUCCGUCAUCCACGAGAUUGUGACAAGAGAGAACCUUUCCCUCUCUUCUGCGAAAGCGGAGCUCCUCGGGGACCUGUGGACCGUCCUGGGCGGUAAUCGCAAGACAUUGCGCGGAUACCAGGAACAUCUGGACCUGCUGAAGGGACUGGGUCAGUAUCGGCAGCAGGCGCUUGUACAUGUCGUAUCAGCUUUUCAGGCACUGAUUCAGAUGAGCGACGACAUCGAGGAUCUCCGGGAACGCGUGUCUGCCCCCGAGCUGACGGGAUCGCGGAUUCCGGUGCAUGUGCACAUCAAGAGCAUCCGCACUGGGCUGGAACGAAUCCAGGAUAGUAGAGUUGACGCGAAGGCGAAGGAGAGCCAGGCCGUACGACGCCUACUGGGUGCUUGA